CCUGACAGACGUCACUCGGGACAAUAAAUACACACAUUAUUAUCGAUUUUGAUUGAAACUGUUGUGUGUACAAGAGUGCUGCUGCUGUGUCGCUGAUCAAACAUUAGUUGUCUUCAGUCAAUAAAGUAGUUGGGGUCAGGCAAAUAUAAUCAGCAUGCUGGCACCACAGGCGGAUCGGGUCAUGGCACUCGGAGAAUGGGAAGAACGCUGGCAGGAGCAAAGGAUUGGUUUCCAUCAGCCUCAAGUACACAAGAUGCUGGAGGCCCAUAUAGAUAAAGUUCUUGCUGGACGGACAGGAGUUCGCUUCUUCUUCCCUCUCUGUGGAAAAGCUGUAGAUAUGAAAUGGCUGGCAGACAUGGGCCAUUCGGUGGUUGGGGUGGAGAUAUCUGAAAAGGGUAUAAAGGAAUUCUUUGAGGAGAGCAACAUGACCUACAGUGAGGAGCCUGUCCCUACCAUUCCUGGAGCAAAGGUUUACAAGAGCUCAGAGAGGAACAUCUCUCUAUACCAGUGUGACCUGUUCAACUUCUCCAGUUCGAUUGAGGGUCAGUUUGGGGCAAUUUGGGACAGGGGAUCUCUAGUGGCCAUCAACCCAAGAGACAGAGAAAAGUAUGCUGCUCUCAUCAUUUCUCUGAUGGCAAAAGACUGCAGAUAUCUUCUGGACACGUUGUUAUACAAUCCUGAAUUAUAUAAAGGUCCUCCCUUUCUUGUGCCUGAUGAGCAAGUGAAGAGCCUGUACGGCAACGGCUUUGAUAUAGAACUGCUGCAGUCGCUGGAUGCCCUGACAGACCGAACACGAGCCUGGGGGCUGGACUACCUGACUGAAAAUGUACACCUCAUCACUCCGAGGACCAUUUAAAAACUAACUUGCAAGUUAAGAGAGCUUAGAGAAGCAGAUCCUGGUUAUUUUAUUGCAAACACAUCAUGUCAUAGCCAUUUUUCAUAAUGCUUAGAUAUAUUUUUGAUACAGUUGCAAUGUGGGGGGAAGUUAAGGUCCAUGGACAUAAAAUGUACCCUUUAAACUCUUGAUUUUCCAUAAAGUCUGUAAGAACUGUAAGAUACAUUUUUUAUGCCUGACAAAAUAAAACUUGUUUUGUAACAAGA